AUGCAAGUGAUGCCUAUUCUUAUCGCGGACAGCAUGGACGGCUGCAAGGAGGAGGCGGUGGAGCAGCGGACGAAGGAGGUGCGGGCGUUCAGGAAGUACGCAAUGUUUUACAAGGCGCUGGUGGGAGUCGCAAAGCACACGGAGCAGACGCUGCGUGAUGUCCGCACGGUUGCCUACGCGAUGAUGGACGCCAUCAGGGACGCGUUUCCGGACCAGAAGUCGUCUUGGAACUUUCCAAAGGUGCACCAGAUUGUGCACCUUAUUGAUGCCAUUCCCCUUCGGGGGAUGCCGUGGGAGUACUCCACGGAACUGUGGGAGCACACGCACAAGGGAACGGUAAAGGUCCCGGUGAGGGGCAGCAACUGGAAGGACAUUCCACGGCGCAUCGUGGAGGAGGAAGUACAGCGAGAGAUCACACGGGAGGUGGCGGCUCUGGCGGGGGGUGGUCGGCAGUACGUCACGGCUUUGCGAGUGGCCGUACGACUUCAAGGGCACGUGCUGACACGGCGGUCGCGAUGUGCCAAUGUGGCGAACGAAGAGGACCCCAUUCUGUGGGUGUAUCGUGAGGCACUUUGGUCGGACAUGGAUGGGCUUGGAAGAUGUCUCAUUGAGGCUGGGAUGAACACCCCGGACAUCAAGGUGCACACGGCACUGGCGAUUCCGAGAACACGUGGAGGGGAGCUGGUGGCCAAGGGCACAUUUGUGAAGGCCAGCCCGUCUGAGAACUGGUUCUCGGACGUGGCAGUGAAGGCUGACGAGAAGAAGUGGAAGGUGAAGGAGUGGUACGCAAGGUGCUUGUGCGUGUUCCGUGCAAAGAACGCAGAGAGGGAGGAAGGGGCGUACGUGUACGUCAAGUAUUAUGAGGCAGCGGGCCUUUGCCCACUCACAACAUGUGUGCAGCUGGCGCCUGGGAGGCAGGACAACAAGUACGCUGUGGUCGACGUGGAGUGCAUAAAGCGUGUGCACCCAAGUGAGAUCCUGCAACGUGGUGAUGGGAUGAAACGGGGUGGUGUGGCGGAGUGCAGUGCGGUGACAGUUGGAACGGGCAUAGGGGAGAUGAAGCUGGUGGAUUUGACUCGCGGUCUUGACCGUUACCUGCGCAUUCACCAUCUGCACACUCGCCUCCUAGUCGCCAAGGUGUUUCUAAAACGCCACUUAACUUCCUCUGCUUCCUGCCAGAAGGGAAAAUUACAGGGAUUGGUGCAUCGGCCGUUUGUUCCGGCACCACAGGAACAUGUCCCUACUGUAGGAUCUACCCCCACUUUCCCUACCUCAGCCCCCCUUCCCCCGCCCCUUCUCACUGGCCUCAAUUUCUCCUCACCUUUUUCCCCCUUCUUACCCCUCAGCAUCUCUAAUGUCCGUUUGGCUCCUCCGAUCGCUGCUUCCAUGCUCCCCUCCCUUGCUGUUUCCAACCACAUAGUGGAGGAAGCAAGAGCAGCAAGCAGGCAGCUUGAUAGGUUUCCUGCCGCAUAUCACUUCCCUUCUCUCUGCCCCUCUACCUCCAAGCCAGUCUGGACCUUUACCUAUGCAUUCACACCUGCACACUCGCCACGAUUCGCCAAGCCACUCAUCUACCUCCGCUUCCUGCUAGAAGGGACAACCACAGGAACUGCUGCACCUGGGAUGGCAACAGGAGCUACUAGCUUUCAAGCUCUAUUCACUCGCUCACCAUGCACCCAUCAUGGCCUCUCCUGGCCUUUUGUGGCCUUCACUGCUGUCUGCACAACCACCACAUGUACGUGUGCAUGGCAGGCAACAGCAACCAGGCCUUACCUGGUUCCCACCUCUGCCCUUCCUGCACACACCCCCAUUUUGCUGCUGCUUCCCUCUCUCCCCAUUCUGUCUGCCCCCACCCUUCCACCAGCUCUUGACCCUUCCACCAGGUCUUGA